AGAGAGAGAGAGAGAGAGAGAGAGUUGGUACUGUGUUUUGUUUAAUAUUUAAAUCGUUUAGUGUGUUAGCGAACGAGUGCUUAUAAAUAUUAACCACUACGCACCAGAAGUCUCCCGUCUCCAUGGCAACCAGUGUAAACAAACAUCAGCUGACCACUACCACCACCACCACCACCAUCACCACCAACGCCACCAACACCGCCGCACCACCACCACCAUCACCACUUCACAAAUAGUAUAUCCAUUGUGCCAUCGUCACCACCACCACCAUCACUGUCACCAUCACCACAUCGUUAUCAUAUUACUAACCCCGUAUUUAACACCACCCCCACCCCCACCACCACCACCACCACCACCACCACCACCACCACCAUGGCUAAGAACACAACAUACAAAGGAUAUUCUAAACAGGCUGAGAAGAUUGCAAAAAACACACACUUCACGUGCGAGGAAGUGGACGCCUUACUGACCCUUCAUGACCCAACAGGCACGGCACCUCGCAUGGACGGCAACAGAUUCAGAGACAUGAUGCACGGGACCUUUGCAAUGACGGACGAGGUGCUGAUGGAGGCGAUGUUCAGGGUGUUCGACAUGGACCAGGACGGCGUGGUGGGGCCCGAGGAGUUCGUCUUGAGCAUGUCUGUCUUCCUACACGGCUCCCUUGAUGAAAAGAUUGACUAUUGCUUCAGUGUCUACGACCACAACGGUGACGGAAUGGUGUCCAGGGAUGAAAUGUUCCACCACCUCAAGUCUACUGUGGUUAAUCUUCCACCUGGCGAGGAGCUGGACGAGGUGGCCAAGGAUCUAGUAGAUCUCGUGGUUCGGAAACUAGACCAGGAUCACGAUGGGCGGGUCAGUUUCAGCGACUAUGCAGGAGCGGUGAAGGAGGAGCCGCUGCUGCUGGAGGUGUUUGGGCCAGUGCUGCCAGACAUACAGGAACGGGAACACUUCCUCAGUACCUUCCUGGAUCUGUACGGCCUGAGGGCACAGCAGAUCUAGCGCCAUAGCAGCACGCCACUACGCCAAUUAACUCACUGCACAACAAACACUGAAGCGCCACUCAUCUCACUCACUACCCGGUCCUUGUGAUAUAUUUAUUUAUUUAACUGUGAAUUAUUGUUAAAACUAUGUACUUCUUUUUUUCUUUGGCUUGAAAAUAACAAAAAUGUGGAGAUGAAUAUGAAAGUAUGAAAACUAGCUAUAAAUAAACAUGGAAAUGUGGAAACGAGUAAAAAAUACCUAAAUUAGCAGGAAAAUAGGACUAUGGAAAAUUAUAGCAGUAGUCUUUAUGUGUUGUAAAUAUAUUUAAACCGAACUUCAAAUGAUUGUGUUGAGAGAUACAAGUUUUGAAACGAGUACGCUUAAUAAAGACUAACGACCAAUAUUGAAGUGAUAAUUCAUCCUGUAUUAAAGAUGUGAAGGUUACGUUGAUGAACUCAAAAUUAUAAAAAAAAAAUUGAUAAAACACAUCCAUCACAUUCUAAGCUUCGGAAAUCUCCAAGGCUUGUGUUUCCAAAAGCCGCAGGGAUGAUUAAUCAGGUUCCCAUAGGCGUUUCUUCUCAUUGAUAGUGGAAAAUCUUUUUACACUCAAUGAAAUCAUGAUAACACGAAAAUCCCAAAUGAGGUUAUCUAUUACUAAAACCAUGGAAAUAUUAGUAAACCUCAAUAAUUUCCACAAGUGGCUGUUUAACUAGCCAAAGAAUUGUGAAAACCAUUGAAAAUCCUCCAAACUUUAAAUAGUGCUUGUUAAACUAACCCAAGAAUCGUUAAAGUUAUUUAAGAUCCUAUUAACUUCUACUAGCACUUGUUAAAUUAUCCCUAGAAUCCUGAAAACUAUUGAAAAUCCUGUUCAUUCUCCAUAGAAUCCUGAACACCCUUGAAAACUCCACUAACUUCCACUGCAGCCUGUUCAAAUACCACUGUAAUCCUGAAAACCCUUGAAAAUCCCAGUAACUUCCACUGCAGCCUGUUCAACUAUCACUGUAAUCCUGAAAACCCUUGAAAACCCCACUAACAUCCACUGCAGCCUGUUCAAGUACCACUGUAAUCCUGAAAACCCUUGAAAAUCCCAGUAACUUCCACUGCAGCCUGUUCAACUAUCACUGUAAUCAUGAAAACCCUUCAAAACCCCACUAACUUCCACUGCAGCCUGUGAAAUCAGUAGAGACAACACACCAACAUUCAACAUUAGCUACUGAAUAUAGGAAUUAUCAAUUUGAAAACCCAAGUAACUUCAGUACAGCCUGUUAAACUCACUGUAAUCAUGAAUAAACCUUUGAAAACCCCACUAUACCCUAUGAAAUCAGUAGAGGCAAAACUACACUACUGUACCAAUUGAAUGGAGGAAUUAUCGAGUUUAUUUUGUAGUUUCCCAGUGCGAAUGCAAAUUUCUAUUACAACCAAAAACUACAAUGACGACCUUGAGCCAUCCCUAAACAUUUCUCUCCUGCUAAGGCUUAACAAUCAGAAUCCGGCAGUCUUUUUGUAAUAAUUUCUUCUGGUAAAUCUUUAUAUUACUUCCGUUUCAUGACUGCUAUCCUGAAAUCAGUAAGUUGCUAUUGAGUCUAGUUAAAAUACUCACCUCAACUCUUUCAGUGCUAUCAGACAGUUCUUGAAUCACAAACCACUCUGAAAUAUAUCCUUUUCUUCCACGGCCUCCUCAAAACGUUACAUUAGCUAGAAAUAGAACCUCCUCUUUUACUUGUAUUUUUUUCUUGUAGGUGCCUUGAAAUGUUUUGUACAGCACUUUUAAUGUGAGUUCUUGUAUAUCACGGUGAAAGGGUUAAAAUUACCUAGUUUCAUGAAAUUCUGACAUGCAGUGGACCCUUUUAAUAAUUUCCAGAGGUUACUCUGGAUUGCAAAGGUAAAGGGGUGAUCUGCCCUGUAUAGGAGAAGGGCACACUCAAGUCACGGUCCUUUCACACAGAAUCACAUGCAUUUCAAUGGGGUUCGUGUGCACCAAUGUGUGCUUCCAUUGAAAUGCAUGUAAAGCGCGACUAGACCAAGAGUGCACUGUGGCUUGAGUGUGACUGAUCCUAGUGUGCAUCACCCUGAGGACAAACACUGAGGAGAAUAAUAAUAAUGAGUGGUCUUAGCAAACCUUUCUUUUCACUGGAGCAGACUAAUAGAUCGUAAUAGUUCAGAGUGAGUGAUUUAUUGAGACAAAGUAUAUAUAUAUCUUAAAAGAAUGACACACAAAGACUCAGAAUCUCUCUCUCCCUACUUAACAAAAUCUUCUGGAGUCGUUCCCUUAAUGAUAACUAACCUUUGACAACACAAAUACUUAAAUCACUGAAGUGAAUCACCAUAACAACAAACUGAUGCAUUAAAAUGAAUGACAAAAACUUCCCUAAAUGUAUGUAUAUAUAUGUAUAUGUAUAAUUACUGAGGGAUUCCUAAAAAAUUUUCAUUAUCAAAGACCUUAAAAGAAAAAAAUACAAUAAAAACACUAAAGGAAAUUGGAGAAGAAAGGAAAAGUGAAAAAGGAGACAGAGAAAUCAUAAUAUGGAAUGAAUAUUAGAACUAUUAUUUUUUUGGUAGUGGUUUUGCUGUUUCCCGUUUUUUUACUUUUUUUUUACAUUUUUUGUGUUUUUUUUUUUCUUCCAUUAACCAUGUGUCCUAUUAGCAGUAAGGGCAGAGGGUGGGCAGCGGGCAGGGGGGACACACAACCUGACUACAGGACUGGCAGACAUGACCAACGACACUCUCACCAUGAAACAAAAACGACCAAUUCUCUUCACUGUAUACACAACUCCCACCAUGAAAUAAAACCUAACAGUUGAAAUUACAGUUAAGCUCUAAUUCUCGAUCUUACUGUCAUUUUAGCAUCAAUAAGAUCUUUUGAGAUGUGUUAUUUCAUCAGUCAAGAAAACAUCUUAGGAGGAGGAGGCUGGCAGUUCAAGAGACUUAAGAAUAGAUGACUGUUUAUCUUUCAUUGAGGCUUAUGCUGGGAGCUCUAAGCCUCCUGUGUGUGUGUGUGUGUGUGUGUGUGUGUGUGUGUGUGUGUGUGUGUGUGUGUGUGUGUGUGUGUGUGUGUGUGUGUGUGUGUGUAGUGGUGAAUGUUGAUGGGGGUAAGGAUAUGGAAAUGAUUAAACACAAGAAUGGUGAGGUGAACAAAGGAAAAAGGAGAGAUAUUAGUGAAGGGGAAGGAAUAGAAGAGAAUAAGAAAAGUAUAAAUGAAAACAAACAAUGGAAGAACUUAAAAUGGAAAUAAAAAAAAAAAGAUAAUAAUAAUGAUACAACUGAAAGGUGCCACCAUCACAUCACCACCACAACCUGCCACACAGUAUUGCCAAUCACACAGCAACACCGGCCAGGCCUCCACAAACACACAAACACAACAAACACACAAACACUUGCAUUGGAUUUGUCGACAUGUGCAAGUCUGUGUUUUGUUUACAUUUUGCAAGACGUGUUGAUAAAGAGUGCCGUUGUCCCUUCCCUGCCUCACCACAUGUCAGGUCUGUGCCACCCUUGCCCUCUACGCCACAUCUACCACGUGGGGAACUCUGUCACUCUCUCGCCGCGCCACAGCCACACCCCUAUGCUGCUCAGUGUCACCACUACAAAAAGUCAUAAAUCUUUACCACAAAACAGCUGGUGUGGGUUAAGUUAAUGUUACCUAAAUUUACUGUACUUUAAAGAUGCUUAGAUUUUUGGGUGUAACUUAAUUUACUACACAAUGCUCGCCUUUCUCUUAAGUUUCUAGUGUAAAGUGUUUUGGUUAUGGUUACUUAAAGAGUCUACUACGACAUGCCGGGUUGACUUAAAGUAUUCACCCCGAAAUGUUUGGUUUUUAGUCAAUUGUUUGCCAGGAAAUGCUUAAAUCCACUUACUUAAAUUUACCACAAAAUGUUUAGGUAGUCACUUAAAAAUAUUUACCCACAAAAUACUUAAGAUCCAGUUACGUACUUAAAUUUACCAGAAAACAGUUCGUCGCUUAAAAAUUUACAAAAAACGCCUGGAUUCAGUCACUUAAAAUUUACCACAAAAGACUCGGAUUUGCUAAAAAAAAUAUACAGUUCUCUCAAAAGCAUUACUCUUAAAAUACAAAAGAUACCUCUUAAUCUUAUGAAAAGGUUAAGUACACACAAAAAGUACUUGCCUAGCUUUAGAAACAUUCUCAUAAACACUUGCCUUGUUGAUGCCUCGUCUGGGGAAAUUAGAAUAAUGACAUAACAUUUGUGAUUAGGCUAAGAAUCGAGGGUUUUUUUUUUUUUACACUUUUCACCUUGGAAGAUCAGACCCAAACUACUUUUUAAAAACACUUAUAAGUACUACACCUCACUUAACUCUUUUAUCCAUGGAACAAAUAUAAAAAAGUAAAUAAACACUUUUUUGUUAUUCACCAUUGAAAAACAUGAGCAAAAUGAGAAAAAUAGUAAAAUAAUAAAAAAAGAGCUUGGAAUAUGAACAAUGCUAUGAGACAAGAAAUAAAUACAUUAAAUAAUAACACAUUUUCUUUUACAUUUACCUUUAAAAACACUUGAGCAAAUGAAAAUAUAGUUUAACCACUAAAAACAAAAGUAAAACAGUAUAGCAAUAUAUUAACACUGAAAUUAAUUA